CGCCGGUGUUCACUCCUCCGCAAUCUCUGUUUAGGUUACGAGGGAAAGUUAAAAUGGGGGAUACACCUGCUAUAGAUAAAAGAUAUGACUUUCUUGAAGAAUAUGUAUUAAAAACAUUGAAACUGAAGGCCGAUCGUUGGCAAAAAUGUGUAGGAACCGAAGAGUACAAACAAAUAAUUCGGGAGUUUUUAGAUAGGACUGAUCAAACUGUAUUAGUUGUUUCUUUAAACGCAGCAGGGCAAUUGAUUCCCACAACUGAAUUUCCAGCAAGCACUAAAAAUAAAGCCGUUUACUUUGUGAAACGCUCCAAAGACCUUCUUACUCCAGAAUCUAUUAAAAAUAGUUUAUUAUAUGGAGAUUUGUCGUAUUCCCCACUGGAUCAGUUUUCUGCGCUCGUGGAAGAGGUGGUAGUUCCUGUCCUGUCAAAUAAUAGAAACCAUCAUGACUGGCCACAUGUAGUAUCGCAGGAUAUUAAGCGACACAUACAUGCCCUGAAGAACAAUGUCUUUGUCGUGGCUGGACAAGUCCGAGGAAAGACGUUACUUCCUCUUCCAGCUGGAUCGGAGAAAGUAGAGCACGCUGCCUAUGAGAGAGAGAAAAGUGGAGAUUUGGCCGACAAAAGUAUUGUACACUCCAUUGAGUCCAUAGUGAUAGAAUGGAGCCAUCAGAUCCGGGAAGUUUUGAAGAAGGAUUCGUCAGAACCACUCUUAGAGGGCAAAAACCCAACACCGCAUAUAGAAAUGCAGUUCUGGAAAAACAGAUAUACUAAUUUGGAGUGCAUUUAUGACCAACUAAAGUCUGCAAAGGUUGCUAAAAUGGCAGAGCUACUGGAAAUAAUGGAAAGCAGUUAUUACCCAGCAUUCCUUGACAUGCUCAAGGAUGUUUUAGCAGCUCUAGCUGAGGCCAGAGACAUCAAUAUUCACCUGAAGCCUCUUCAGCGUUACUUUGAGGAUCUGGAGAAUGUGGAGUUUAAUGAGGCCAAGGCCCAGAUCAAUCCCUUGAUGCACGUUGUUUGUCUUCUGUGGGCAAACUCAAAACACUACAACAAUCCAGGAAGAGUUAUAGUACUGCUACAGGAGAUCUGUAACUUGCUUAUCCAACAGGCUCGUGCCUACCUGGGACCAGAAGAAAUUUUGAAAGGUGAGACAGAAGAGAGUUUGAACAAAGUGCAUGAGGCUCUGGAAGUCUUGCACCUCUUCAGGAAGACGUACGAGGAAAAGAAGGCAACUUUGAGCACGUACCAGAGGAAUGGCCAGGAACUGAAAGGCUGGGACUUCUCCUCUGCCAUGGUUUUCUCUGGAAUGGACUGCUUCGUUCAUCGGGUGGAGACGAUAAAGGAUGUGUUACUGACCACCCUGGACAUGCUGAAGUUGGAGAAGAUUGAAUUUGGUGGAAUUCGUGGGAAAGCUCUCAGCCAACAAGUUUUGAGCAUUUAUGAGGAAUUCCAGGAAGUCUACAAAAUAUUCACAGAAAGGAAUUAUGACUGCCUGGACACAGAUAAUGUGGAAUUUGAAACGGAUGUUUCUGCCUUUAAACAAAAAGUGGAAGACAUGGACAGGCGUCUGGGUGCAAUCUUUUGCCAGGCAUUUGAUGACGCAUCUGGUUUGGAGCAUGCCUUCAAGGUGUUAGACAUGUUUGGCAGUCUGUUGGAACGUCCCUUGAUAGCAGCCGAUGCAGAAGACAGAUAUCCCCUCCUCAUUAGCAUGUUUGACAAAGAACUCGACAACGCUAAGGUUCUUUUUAACAAGCAUGUACACAAAGAAGAAGAACUGGGUUACACGCCUGUAAAUAAAAACAUGCCAGUUGUAGCAGGUGGGCUGCGUUGGGCUCAGGAGUUACAGGAACGUAUUCAUGUACCUUUUGGCAAUUUCCGCCAUAUAACCCAUCCAUGUAUGGAAUCAGCUGAAGGAAAGAGAAUGAUACAGAAAUAUGAAGAGAUGAUGGAAUUACUUGACAAUUACUGCCUCAAGCUGUAUGACAUCUGGACUCGCACAGUAGGCGAAAAAUCGCAGUACAACCUCACACAGCCCCUCCUCUCCCGAGACCCUGCGACAAAGCUUAUUGCAGUCAAUUUUGACCCUCAGUUGGUGUCUGUUUUGAGAGAGGUCAAAUAUCUGGAAUCCAGACAGACAGAGAAAAUUCCCAGCACAGCUGCAAAGAUCUACUCCAAGAAGGAGUUGUACCGACAGUAUGUAGCCAACUUAGAUCUCACUGCUGGCUGGUACAAUAAGGUGAUAAAGACAGUGCUAGAGGUUGAAUUCCCACUAGUGGAGGGACAGCUACAGGACAUUGAUUCCAAGCUGAAAGAAGCAGAGGAGUCCUUAAACUGGAAGGAAGAAGGAAUUUGGGAUUAUAUCCAGCAAAUCCGGGAUGCUGUCCAUGACCUUGAGAGACGACUACAAAAAACAAAGGACAACGUGGAGGAGAUUCAGAACAUCAUGAAGUCCUGGGUGUCUCCCAUCUUUGAGCGAAAAGAGGGAAAGAAAGAUACUCUUCUCAACCUGGAGGACAGGACUGAGCGUCUGGAGAAACGCUAUAGCCACAUUAGAGACUCUGGGGACAAAAUUCAUUCUUUAAUAAAGGAGAAUCUAGACCUUUUCAAAGCUGAUUCUGCCUCAGAUGUUUGGAAAGCAUAUUUGGAUUAUGUGGAUGAAAUGGUCAUAGAUGGAUGUUUUAACAGCAUUGAGUGCUCCCUUAAGUUCCUCUUAGAAAAUAUAGAUUCAAAGGGUGGCAUGGUGCCUUUGUUUGAAGUGAUGUUGGAUCUCCGUAUUCCAGAGAUGAUGUUCCAUCCUUCACUUGACUUUGGUGCCACUGAUGGGUUUUAUGACAUGAUGGAUGGUAUUAUCAAUGACAUCUAUAGGAUUGCUUCACUGGUGCCACGUGUUGCUGAAUACAACACAUUUCCACAUUAUCAGGCAGACAUGGAAGACAUGGCAGAUCUGGCAGACAUGCGACAAUACCUGAUGGAUGGUGUUCAGCAAGUGAUGUCUAAGUGUUGCGAUUACAGGAACUCCUUUGACCAUUACUCCUACCUCUAUGUGGAUGACAGGAAGGAAUUCAUGCGCCAGUUCCUAUUGUAUGGCCAUGUCCUCACCAGCGAAGAAAUAGAAGCCCACGCUGAAGAUGGGGUUCCUGAGACCCCCCCAACACUUGAGCAGUUUAGAGAGCAGGUUGACUCGUACGAGAAAAUUUUUGAUGAAGUGAACCAUCUAGAGCCCAUCACCGUGUUUGAUGGGUGGAUGAGAGUUGAUGCCCGUCCUUUUAAGAGUGCUCUGCUGAAUGUCAUCAAAAAGUGGAGUUUCAUGUUCAAGCAACACCUGAUUGACCAUGUGACAAAUAGCCUGUCUGAUCUUGAGGAGUUCAUUAAAGUGGCAGAAAAGGAACUAGGCAAAAAGGUUGAGGAGGGCAACUACAAUGCCCUGGUAGAGAUUAUGGGACACUUAAUGGCUGUGAAAGAGAGGCAAAAUAGCACAGAUGAAAUGUUUGAACCUCUGAAGCACACAAUAGACCUGCUGAAGACUUAUGAGCAAGAAUUACCAGAGGAGGUGUACAAGCAAUUAGAGGAGCUGCCUGAAAAAUGGAACAAUGUGAAAAAGCAGGCGGUCACUGUGAAGCAGCACGUUGCUCCUCUGCAAGCAAGUGAAGUUGCCAGCCUCCGAAGAAAGUGUGCAACCUUCGAUGUAGAGCAAUACAACUUCAGGGAAAAAUUCCGCAAAGAAGGGCCUUUCAGAUUUGACUCUGUAAACCCUUACAAUAUGCUAGAUACAGCUCACAAGCAGAUUUCAGAAAAGGAGGCCACAAUGGCUGCUAUAGUAGAAUCUGCUGGCUUGUUUGAGGUUAACAUCCCAGACUACAAGCAGCUGAAGCAGUGCCGAAAGGAAGUUUUCCUUCUCAAGGAACUCUGGGAUAUGAUCACGAUUGUGAACUCCAGCAUGAGUGACUGGAAGACAACCAAAUGGAGGGAAAUCAAUGUGGAGAACAUGGAGCUGGAGUGCAAGAAGUUUUCCAAAGACAUUCGAGGCUUGGAUAAAGAAAUGAGGGCAUGGGAUGCAUUUUAUGGGCUGGACAAUACUGUGAAGAACAUCCUAACCUCCCUACGGGCGGUGGCAGAACUCCAAAACCCUGCCAUCAGAGAAAGACACUGGCACCAGCUCAUGCAAGCUACUGGGGUCAAAUUCACCAUGGAUGAGGACACCACUUUAGCUGAUCUCUUGCAGCUGAAUCUACACAACUUUGAGGAUGAGGUGAGAGGCAUUGUUGACAAAGCUGUGAAGGAAAUGGGUAUGGAGAAAGUGCUGAAGGAGCUCAACUCCACGUGGACAAACAUGGAGUUCCAAUAUGAUCUGCACACACGGACAAAGAUUCCUCUACUAAGGUCUGAUGAAGAGCUCAUUGAGACCCUAGAGGACAACCAGGUCCAGUUGCAGAACCUUAUGACCUCAAAGUACAUUGCCUUCUUCCUGGAGGAUGUCUCCAGCUGGCAGAAGAAGCUCUCUACUGCUGAUUCGGUCAUCUCUAUCUGGUUUGAGGUCCAGAGAACCUGGUCCCACCUGGAGAGCAUCUUCAUUGGCUCAGAGGAUAUCCGAUCACAGUUGCCAGAGGACUCCAAGCGCUUUGAAGGCAUUGAUACAGAUUUCAAAGAGCUAGCAAAUGAUGCUAAUAAGACUCCCAAUGUAGUGGAAGCUACCAACAAACCUGGUCUCUAUGAUAAAUUAGAAGAUAUUCAGAGCAGGCUUGCGCUGUGUGAGAAGGCUCUGGCAGAAUACCUGGACACCAAAAGGCUGGCCUUCCCAAGGUUUUACUUCAUUUCCUCUGCUGAUUUGCUGGAUAUUUUGUCCAAUGGCACUGACCCUCAUCAGGUUCAGCGACAUCUAUCCAAGCUCUUUGACAAUACAGCAAAGAUGAAGUUUCAGACUGACACUGAUGGCAAGCCAUCUAAAACUGGGCUGGGAAUGUACAGCAAAGAGGAAGAGUAUGUUACCUUCAAUGAGCCAUGUGACUGCAGCGGACAGGUGGAGGUCUGGUUGAACCGGGUGCUUGACACCAUGAGAGCUACUGUCCGUCAUGAGAUGACUGAAGCAGUUGUAGCUUAUGAGGAGAAACCCAGAGAGCAGUGGCUUUUCGAUUACCCAGCGCAGGUGGCUCUGACAUGUACGCAGAUUUGGUGGACAACAGAAGUUGGUAUAGCAUUUUCUCGACUUGAAGAAGGUUAUGAGAAUGCCAUUAAGGAAUACUACAAGAAACAAGUGAGCCAGUUAAACACCCUCAUCACUAUGUUGAUUGGUCAACUCUCUGCCGGAGAAAGGCAGAAGAUCAUGACCAUCUGUACUAUUGAUGUCCAUGCCAGAGAUGUUGUGGCCAAGAUGAUCGCUCAGAAGGUUGAGAACUCUCAGGCAUUUGUGUGGCUGUCUCAGCUCCGACACCGCUGGGAUGAUGAAAGGAAGCAUUGCUUUGCGAACAUUUGCGAUGCCCAGUUUCUGUAUUCAUAUGAGUAUCUGGGGAACACGCCACGCUUGGUUAUCACCCCGCUGACAGACAGGUGCUACAUAACGUUGACCCAGUCUCUUCAUUUGACAAUGAGUGGUGCCCCAGCAGGCCCUGCUGGCACAGGAAAGACCGAAACCACUAAGGACUUGGGCCGUGCCCUGGGAAUCAUGGUCUAUGUAUUCAACUGCUCUGAACAGAUGGACUACAAGUCAUGUGGGAACAUUUACAAAGGCCUAGCACAAACUGGAGCCUGGGGCUGCUUUGAUGAAUUCAACCGGAUUUCUGUUGAGGUGCUGUCCGUGGUAGCUGUCCAGGUUAAGAGUAUCCAAGAUGCCAUCAGAGACAAGAAGAAACGUUUCAACUUCAUGGGAGAGGAGAUCAACCUGUUCCCUUCAGUUGGGAUUUUUAUCACAAUGAACCCUGGAUAUGCUGGGCGUACUGAAUUGCCAGAGAAUCUGAAAGCUCUCUUUAGGCCUUGUGCAAUGGUAGUGCCAGACUUUGAGUUGAUUUGUGAGAUCAUGUUGGUGGCUGAAGGUUUCCUUGAGGCCAGACUGCUAGCUCGAAAGUUCAUCACAUUGUAUCAACUCUGUAAGGAGCUUCUGUCCAAGCAGGAUCACUACGACUGGGGUUUGCGAGCUAUCAAAUCUGUGCUUGUUGUGGCUGGAUCACUGAAGAGAGGUGACCCAGGGAGACCUGAAGACCAGGUUCUGAUGAGAGCUCUCCGAGACUUUAACAUUCCCAAAAUUGUGACAGAUGACAUGCCAGUGUUCAUGGGACUCAUUGGAGAUUUGUUUCCUGCUCUUGAUGUCCCUCGGAAAAGAGAUCUAGACUUUGAGAAAUAUGUGAAGCAGUCUGUUCUGGAUCUCAAAUUGCAAGCUGAAGACAACUUUGUGCUGAAAGUGGUUCAACUAGAGGAGCUCCUGGCAGUGCGCCACUCUGUGUUUGUUGUGGGCAAUGCUGGGACAGGGAAAUCCCAGGUCAUGAAGUCGCUAAACAAGACCUACCAGAACAUGAAGCGACGUCCAGUCUGGGCCGACCUCAACCCCAAGGCUGUCACCAAUGAUGAGCUCUUCGGCAUAAUCAAUCCAGCAACAAGAGAGUGGAAAGAUGGGCUGUUUUCUAACAUCAUGCGUGAGCUUGCUAAUGUCAGUCACGAUGGCCCAAAAUGGAUUGUACUCGAUGGAGACAUAGACCCCAUGUGGAUUGAGUCUCUAAACACAGUCAUGGAUGACAAUAAGGUGCUCACCUUGGCCAGCAAUGAGAGAAUUCCUUUGAACCCAACCAUGAGACUGGUAUUUGAAAUUAGUCACCUACGGACAGCGACCCCAGCCACUGUGUCCAGGGCAGGUAUCUUGUACAUAAACCCAGCUGAUCUGGGCUGGAAUCCUCCAGUGACAAGCUGGAUUGACAAGAGAGAGGUCCAGUCAGAGAAGGCAAACUUGACCAUAUUGUUUGAUAAGUACCUUCCUCCCUGCCUCGAUACCCUCCGAACAAGAUUUAAGAAGAUUAUUCCAAUCCCAGAGCAGAGCAUGGUUCAAAUGCUGUGUUACCUCCUUGAAUGCCUGUUAACGAAAGACCACACUCCUCCAGACUGCCCGAAGGAGCUCUAUGAGUUGUAUUUUGUAUUUGCAGCCAUCUGGGCUUUUGGAGGUGCAAUGUUCCAGGAUCAGCUGGUUGAUUACAGAGUGGAAUUUAGCAAAUGGUGGGUGACGGAAUUCAAAACUAUCAAAUUCCCUUCUCAAGGCACAGUGUUUGACUACUAUAUUGAUCCGGAAACAAAGAAAUUUGAACCAUGGUCUAAAAUGAUUCCCAAAUUUGAAUUUGAUCCGGAUAUGCCUUUGCAGGCCUGUCUAGUACACACCACUGAAACUAUUCGGGUAAGGUACUUCAUGGACAGGCUCCUGGAGCACAAACGACCUGUUAUGCUGGUGGGAAAUGCUGGGACUGGAAAAUCUGUACUGGUGGGAAAUAAACUGGGAUCUCUGGAUCAGGAAGAGUACAUGAUCAAGAAUGUACCUUUCAACUAUUACACCACUUCCGCAAUGCUCCAAGCCAUUUUAGAAAAGCCAUUGGAAAAGAAAGCUGGUAGAAACUAUGGCCCUCCUGGCAACAAGAAACUGAUCUACUUCAUUGAUGACAUGAACAUGCCAGAGGUGGACACAUAUGGUACAGUGCAACCACACACUCUGAUCAGACAGCAUAUGGACUACAACCACUGGUAUGACAGAAACAAGUUGUCACUGAAGGAGAUUCACAACGUGCAGUAUGUGUCCUGCAUGAAUCCUACAGCUGGCAGUUUCACCAUCAACCCAAGGCUGCAGCGUCACUUCUGCGUGUUUGCACUCUCAUUUCCUGGGUCAGAUGCUUUGGGGACCAUUUACAGCACGAUACUCAGCCAGCACCUAAAAGUGGGGAACUUUGGAGUGCCUCUACAGAAGUCCACCUCCCAGCUUAUCAACUUAGCUUUGGGACUGCAUCAGAAAGUAGCUUCAACAUUCCUCCCCACAGCCAUCAAAUUUCAUUACAUCUUCAACUUGAGAGACCUUUCCAACAUAUUCCAGGGCAUUCUAUUCUCUACAAACGAGUGCUUAAAAACUCCUCAAGACUUGAUGAAAUUGUACCUGCAUGAGUCAAACAGGGUCUACAGAGAUAAGAUGGUUGAAGAAAAGGAUUUUGAGAUCUUUGAUAAGAUACAAACUGAUAUGGUGAAAAAGUUCUAUGAGGAUAUUGAAGAAACCCUGGAGGAAACAAAGAAAAUGAAUAUGUACUGUCAUUUUGCCACUGGAAUUGGGGAGCCUAAAUACAUGCCAAUACAGUCAUGGGAAACCUUAAACAAAACACUUCUGGAAGCGCUGGACAACUAUAAUGAAGUCAAUGCAGCCAUGAACCUUGUCCUUUUUGAAGAUGCCAUGUCACACAUCUGCCGCAUCAACCGGAUCCUGGAGUCUCCCAGAGGGAACGCUCUCCUCGUUGGUGUGGGCGGCAGCGGUAAACAAAGCCUGACAAGACUGGCAGCCUUUAUAAGCUCCUUGGAGGUCUUUCAAAUUACUUUAAAGAAAGGGUACGGCAUUCCUGAUCUUAAGAAUGAUUUAGCUGCGCAGUACAUAAAAGCUGGACUCAAGAAUGUUGGCACUGUAUUCUUAAUGACUGAUGCCCAAGUUGCAGAUGAAAAGUUCUUGGUAUUGGUUAAUGACCUCUUAGCAUCAGGAGAAAUCCCAGAUUUGUUUCCUGACGAUGAGGUUGAAAACAUUAUCUCUGGUGUAAGGAAUGAGGUCAAGGGCCUGGGAUUGUUGGACACAAGAGAAAACUGCUGGAAGUUCUUCAUUGAUCGUGUUCGGAGACAGCUCAAGGUUGCCCUGUGUUUCUCACCUGUGGGAAACAAGCUGAGGGUACGCAGCAGAAAGUUCCCUGCUGUAGUGAAUUGCACGGCUAUUAACUGGUUCCAUGAGUGGCCGCAAGAAGCAUUGGAAUCUGUCAGCUUGCGCUUUCUCCAGGAGACAGAAAACAUUGAGCCAGCAGUAAAGGAAUCAGUUAGCAAAUUUAUGGCUUAUGUUCACACCAGUGUGAAUGAGAACUCCAAAAGUUACCUGGCUAGUGACCGUCGGUUUAACUACACCACUCCUAAGUCCUUCCUGGAGCAGAUAAAGCUGUACCAGAACCUUCUGGCAAAGAAGAGCAAGGAACUGGCAGCCAAGAUGGAACGCUUGGAAAAUGGACUUCAGAAACUGAACAGCACAUCUGCACAGGUGGAUGACCUGAAAGCUAAGCUGGCUGCACAGGAAGUGGAGCUGAAACAGAAGAAUGAAGAUGCUGACAAGCUGAUCCAGGUGGUCGGGGUGGAGACUGAAAAAGUGAGCAAGGAGAAGGCCAUUGCUGAUGAGGAGGAGCAGAAAGUAGGGCUCAUAGCAGUGGAAGUCAGUAGGAAGCAGAAGGAUUGUGAGGAAGACUUGGCCAAAGCUGAACCAGCUCUCAUUGCUGCUCAGGAAGCCCUGAACACUCUGAACAAGAAUAACCUGACAGAGUUGAAGUCGUUCGGCUCACCUGUUGCAGCAGUCACUAAUGUCACCGCUGCUGUCAUGGUGCUCAUGGCACCAGGGGGUAAAGUUCCUAAGGACCGGAGCUGGAAGGCAGCUAAGGUCAUGAUGGCUAAAGUGGACAGUUUCCUAGAUGCUUUAAUCAACUUUAACAAGGAGAAUAUCCAUGAGAACUGUCUGAAGGCCAUUCAGCCCUACCUCCAGGACCCGGAGUUCAGUCCUGAAUUUGUGACCUCCAAGUCAAAUGCUGCCGCUGGACUCUGCUCCUGGGUGAUAAAUAUUGUAAAGUUUUAUGAGGUGUACUGUGAGGUGGAACCAAAGCGCCAGGCGCUGAGUAAAGCCAACGCUGAACUGGCUGCAGCUCAGGAAAAGCUGGCUGCCAUCAAAGCUAAAAUCGCUCACCUUAAUGAGAACUUGGCGAAGCUGACAGCGAAGUUUGAGAAGGCUACUGCUGACAAGCUGAAGUGCCAGCAAGAGGCAGAUUCCACAGCACGUACCAUCUCUCUUGCCAAUCGACUGGUUGGAGGGCUUGCAUCAGAAAAUGUGCGUUGGGCUGAAGCGGUCAGUAAUUUCCAGAAACAGGAGAGCACACUAUGUGGAGAUGUCCUGCUGAUAACAGCUUUUGUAUCCUAUCUGGGAUACUUUACCAAGAAGUACAGAGUUGAAUUAAUGGAUAAGACGUGGAGGCCAUACCUUCAUCAACUAAAGAUCCCCAUUCCAGUGACUCCAGAACUAGAUCCCCUGACAAUGCUGACGGAUGAUGCAGACAUAGCAGCCUGGCAGAAUGAAGGCCUCCCUGCUGAUAGGAUGUCUACUGAGAAUGCGACCAUUCUUACUAGUUGCGAACGCUGGCCCCUGAUGGUGGAUCCACAACUGCAGGGUAUCAAGUGGAUCAAGAAUAAGUAUGGAGAAGACCUCAGAGUGAUUAGGAUUGGCCAGAGAGGUUACUUAGAUUCCAUGGAAAGAGCCUUAUCUGCUGGUGAGGUAGUUUUGAUAGAAAAUUUGGAAGAAACAGUUGAUCCAGUCUUGGGGCCUUUGCUCGGUCGAGAGACAAUAAAGAAAGGAAGGUACAUUAAAAUUGGUGAUAAAGAGUGUGAGUAUAACCCAAACUUUCGUCUAAUUCUUCAUACCAAACUGGCAAAUCCCCACUACCAGCCUGAGAUGCAGGCCCAGUGCACCCUCAUUAACUUCACUGUCACCAGGGAUGGGCUGGAGGAUCAACUACUGGCUGCUGUAGUCAGCAUGGAGAGACCAGACCUGGAAGAACUGAAGUCCAGUCUCACAAAGCAACAGAAUGGUUUCAAGAUCACGCUGAAAACUCUGGAAGACAACCUCUUGUCUCGGCUUUCAGCUGCCUCCGGGAACUUCCUAGGGGACACUGAACUGGUGGAAAACCUUGAAACCACAAAAAGAACUGCUGCUGAGAUUGAGGAGAAGGUAAAGGAGGCCAAGGUGACAGAAGUGAAGAUCAAUGAGGCAAGAGAACACUACAGACCUGCUGCAGCUCGGGCUUCUUUAUUGUACUUCAUAAUGAAUGACCUCAAUAAAAUCCAUCCCAUGUAUCAGUUCUCUUUGAAGGCUUUCAGUGUGGUUUUCCAAAAUGCAGUCUUAAAAGCCCCUCCAGAUGAGACCCUGAAGCAGCGAGUGUCCAACCUGAUCGAUAGCAUUACUUUCUCUGUCUUUCAAUACACCACAAGGGGACUGUUCGAAUGUGAUAAGCUCACCUACAUUGCACAGCUAGCAUUCCAGAUUUUGGUUAUGAAUAAAGAAAUCAACCCAACUGAGCUAGACUUUCUCCUUCGAUACCCUGCUCAGCCAGGUGUAUCUUCUCCAGUUGAUUUCCUCUCCAAUCAUUCCUGGGGGGGCGUUAAGGCUCUGUCUGCUAUGGAGGAAUUCCGAAACCUGGACCGUGAUAUUGAAGGCUCUGCUAAACGCUGGAAGAAGUUUGUGGAAUCUGAGUGCCCAGAGAAAGAGAAGUUCCCACAGGAGUGGAAAAACAAAACUGCUCUUCAGCGGCUUUGCAUGAUGAGGGCCAUGCGCCCUGACCGGAUGACAUAUGCCGUAAGGGAUUUUGUUGAGGAGAAACUGGGUAGCAAGUACGUGGUGGGCCGAUCACUGGACUUCGCCAUUUCAUUUGAAGAAUCUGGAGCGGCAACUCCUAUGUUUUUCAUUCUGUCUCCAGGUGUUGACCCACUUAAGGAUGUUGAGAAACACGGAAGAAAACUGGGUUAUACCUUUGACAACAGAAACUUCCACAAUGUUUCCCUGGGACAGGGGCAGGAAGUUGUUGCUGAGCAAGCCCUGGACCUUGCAGCCAAUGAAGGACACUGGGUUAUUUUGCAGAAUAUCCAUCUGGUGGCCAAGUGGUUGGGUACCCUGGAGAAAAAAUUGGAGCAGCACAGCGAGGGCAGCCACCAGGAGUUCCGUGUAUUCAUCAGUGCCGAGCCUGCUGCUUCAGCCGAUGGACACAUCAUUCCCCAAGGCAUCUUAGAGAACUCCAUCAAAAUCACCAAUGAACCACCAACAGGCAUGCACGCCAACUUGCACAAAGCUCUGGACAAUUUUAACCAGGAUACCUUGGAAAUGUGUGCUCGAGAGAAUGAGUUUAAAAGCAUUCUUUUUGCACUCUGCUACUUCCAUGCUGUGGUAGCAGAAAGACGGAAAUUUGGACCUCAGGGCUGGAACAGAACCUAUCCGUUCAACACGGGAGACCUUACCAUAUCUGUGAAUGUACUUUACAACUAUCUAGAGGCUAAUUCAAAGGUCCCUUAUGAUGAUCUGCGAUAUCUCUUUGGAGAAAUUAUGUAUGGGGGUCACAUCACAGAUGACUGGGACCGGCGGCUCUGCAGAACUUACCUGGAGGAGUUUAUUAAGCCAGAGAUGAUGGAGGGAGAGCUCUUCUUAGCUCCUGGUUUCCCAUUACCUGGCAACAUGGACUACAAUGGAUACCACCAGUACAUUGAUGACGUUCUUCCCGCUGAAUCCCCAUACUUGUAUGGACUGCAUCCCAAUGCUGAGAUUGGAUUCCUCACUCAGACCUCUGAGAAGCUCUUCCGAACUGUGCUGGAGAUGCAGCCUCAUGACAGCAGCAGCGGUGAGGGAGGGGGAGUAACCAGAGAAGAGAAGGUGAAGACCAUUUUGGAUGAAAUCCUGGAGAAAUUGCCUGAUGUGUUUAACAUUCAAGAGCUGAUGGCAAAGGCAGAAGAUAGGACACCCUACAUAGUUGUGGCCUUCCAGGAGUGUGAACGCAUGAAUAUCCUUACCCAAGAGAUCAAGCGCUCCCUCAAAGAACUAAACCUGGGGUUGAAGGGAGAACUUACAAUGACAAGUGACAUGGAAAACCUACAGAAUGCCAUUUUCCUAGACCAAGUGCCUGAGUCUUGGACUAAACGUGCUUAUCCAUCUAUGGCUGGGCUAGCUGGUUGGUUUGUUGACCUGCUCAACCGGAUAAAAGAGCUGGAAACAUGGACCUCAGACUUUGCCCUGCCGUCAGUCGUGUGGCUGGCAGGAUUUUUUAAUCCUCAGUCCUUCCUUACAGCCAUCAUGCAGUCUAUGGCUAGAAAGAAUGAGUGGCCCCUUGACAAAAUGUGCCUUCAGUGUGACGUUACCAAGAAAAACCGAGAGGAUUUCAGCAGCCCACCCCGAGAGGGGGCCUACGUCCAUGGUCUGUUCAUGGAAGGGGCACGCUGGGACACUCAGGCUGGAAUAAUUACUGAUGCCAGACUGAAGGAGCUGACUCCAUCGAUACCAGUUAUAUUUAUCAAAGCAAUACCUGUAGAUAAACAGGAGACUCGCAAUGUGUAUCCAUGUCCAGUGUACAAAACGAGGCAAAGAGGACCCACAUAUGUUUGGACCUUCAAUCUGAAGACCAAAGAAAAUCCAUCGAAAUGGGCUUUGGCUGGUGUUGCCCUCCUUCUCCAGAUCUAAAGAAACAACUGGAAAUAGUAUUAUAGUGGGAUAUUGUCUAUACAAAACGUUUCAUUGCAGAUGUAAUUGUGGGGCCUGUUGUAAGAACAUAUAUUUUUUGUCUUUCUCAGUUCAGUAGGAACAAUGUUAAAGAAAUAGUUUUUGUACAGUGCUACAAAAUAGGAAUCUAAUGUUUCAGUUAUGCCCACUUUAUAUUGUUUCUAAUUCUUUUCUAAUAAACAAUAGUUUACAUUUACAA